UGCUUUGCCUCCCACUUUUCCUGGGACUUCUGAAAAUUGUUUCGUUGGAGUAUCGAGUAGGAAUUAUUGUAACGCCAGUAAGACUACCUGUCACCCAUGGACACGUAUUAGUUUUACUUUGUGAAGGUGGAACAGGCAAGUGGAUUGGUUCUUAUUUUGUGAGUAUAGCUAUAGUAUAGGACUUUAGGAUCUACAAGUGGCCAUCGGCGACAUCAGCAAGUGUGAAUGUCGGACUUGUUUUAUCUGUUGCUUCAGCAUCUUGACAAUAGGUAGUGUUCACCAGGCCCCACCAUGCUGAGUUUCCUCCGCCGGACGCUGGGCCGGCAGUCCAUCCGUAAGCAUGCUGACAAGGCCCGGUUGAGAGAGGCCCAGCGGGCCACCACACAUAUCCCUGCUGCCGGGGACUCCAAGUCUGUCAUCACCUGCUGUGUGUCAAUGCUGGACGGCACAGACGUCAGUGUGGACCUACCGAAAAAAGCCAAGGGUGAGGAGCUGUUUGACCAGGUCAUGUAUCAUCUGGACAUCGUAGAGAAGGACUACUUCGGACUACGCUUCAUGGACUCUGCACAAGUACCGCAUUGGCUUGACAUCACAAAAAGCAUAAAAAAACAAGUCAAAAUCGGACCUCCAUACUGCCUUCACAUGAGGGUUAAGUUCUACUCCUCAGAACCCAACAACCUGCAUGAGGAGUUGACCAGAUAUCUAUUUGUAUUACAACUAAAGCAAGACCUCCUCAGUGGAAAGUUAGAAUGUCCUUUGGACACAGCAGUGGAACUGGCAGCCUUCUCAUUACAAGCUGAGCUGGGAGACUGUGACCCUGCGGAGCAUGCUCUGGACAUGGUGUCUGAGUUCCGCUUCAUGCCAGAGCAGACGGAGGCCAUGGAGCUGGCCAUCUUCAACACCUGGAAGGAGUGCAGGGGCCAGAUGCCGUCGCAGGCAGAGAUUAACUACCUGAACAAGGCCAAGUGGCUGGAGAUGUAUGGGGUGGACAUGCACAUGGUCAAGGCUCGAGAUGGUAAUGAAUACCAGUUAGGACUGACUCCCACUGGAGUGCUGGUGUUUGAGGGAGAGACCAAGAUAGGCCUGUUCUUCUGGCCCAAGAUCACCCGUCUAGACUUUAAGAAGAGCAAGCUGACCCUGGUGGUGGUGGAGGAGGAUGGAGAAGAGGCUCAGGAGACAGAAGAGGGUAAAGAGCAGCAGCACACGUUUGUGUUCCGUAUGGACCACCCCAAGGCCUGUAAGCACCUGUGGAAGUGUGCUGUGGAACACCAUGCUUUCUUCCGGCUCCGCGGCCCAGUCCAGAAGGGCUCAGCACGCUCCGGGUUCAUCCGCAUGGGGUCACGCUUCCGCUACAGUGGGAAGACUGAGUACCAGACCACCAAGGGCAACAAAGCCAGGAGGUCAGCAUCGUUUGAGAGGAGGCCCAGCCGCCGUUACUCCAGGAGGACCAUGAUGAACCGGGGAGCCAACAAACUCCAGGAUCAGAACAACGGAAUGAGCCCCAACAAAGAUGCCAAGCCCCUCCACAUCAGAAGCCCCUGGUCCCUGCCGGUGGUCAGCCCUGCAUCCUCAGUCUCCACCAGCAGACCUAUGGAAAUCAAAACCCUCCCCAGGAGUCCUGGCGGUGGCCAAUCGGAGAAGAGGAGCAUGGCCCUGCCACUCGUAGCUGAUCUGCUGGAGACAUGCGUUAAUGACGUCAUCCAUACACCUGUUCCCAUGGCGACAGCAGGCCUGUCUGCCUCCGCCUCCAGCCUCACAGGGGAGGAGAAAGUCUCUCUUGCCGAGACGGCAGCGCGGCUGAAGCACCUGGAACUACACAGUCUCUCGCUCCCUGUCCCUUCCAGAGCCAACCUCAACAUGAACAACCAGGAGGAUGUGGUGAAGCUCACAGAGAAGUGUCUGAACAGUGUGGGUAGCAGCUCUGUGCCUUCUCCACUUCGCCCCCCAGAGGACCUGAAGCGUAACAUCAUCAAAGCCCAGGCACAGGCUGCCCUCAAGAGCUCCCAGGAGGAGCAUGUUGUGAUGGGGGACAAGAACACCAAUGUACAGGAAGCUGCAGCCAGGCUGAAGGUGCGUAGUGGCCGUAUGGGCAGCAACUCCUCCCUGUCUCUAUCUGGACGUCCCGAGAGACAGGAGUCAAGGGACCUGCUCACUCCCACACUGCUGACCACAGCUGAAGACAGUGUUCAGAUGUUGGCUGUGGAUCUCAUGCAAUCAGCACCUAUGAUGCCCCUUGAAAUACUUAAUGGGGGGCAACCAACAAAGGCUGAACCUGAGGAGCUGAAGAUGCCCACCCCUCCGUCACUGCGGGCCCCGCUGAGCAGUAACCUGAUAGACUUCUCAGACCCAACCCCAGUAUUACUGCCACCAUCAGUGCAAUCCAAGCCCAUGAUAUCACCUCGCUGGAUCAUCCCUGCUGCUGCACCACUCACUGCCAUCUUUACUAACGGCCUCUUUGACCUUGACCCCUCUGCAAAGACCGCCGCCCCUCUCCAACCUGAAGGGGGGGCUCUCACCCCAGCCCUGCACCCCCGUCUCUCCUCUCAAAUGCACAAUGUGAUGGACACCAGCGUUGUGGCCCAGCCACCCAAAGAGCACGGCAUGAAGCACAAAGGUCUGUUGACCACUGAGCUCUGAGUGGGAACCAGGGGGGAGCUAGCUUCUACCCUCCUCACAACGAAUACUUCCUACUCCUGGUGUUCCCAAACUAGGGGGCUACUUCCUACCCUGAGAACAUUCAUCUCCUACUGCAUUCCCAAACCUGGGGGAAGUUCCUGCCCUAGUGACAACCAGUAUCUCCUACUGCAUUCCCAAACCUGGGGGAAGUUCCUGCCCUAGUGACAACCAGUAUCUCCUACUGCAUUCCCAAACCUGGGGGAAGUUCCUUCCCUAGUGACAACCAGUAUCUCCUACUGCAUUCUCAAACAAUUCCCAAACCAGCAGCAAUCAAGAGAUUGGAUUAUUUGUAUUCUUCAUCUCACUAGAUUCCAGUUUGGAGCAGUGUUUUUUUAUUUUUUUAUUUUAGUACCACAGUUGGUCCACUGGUUCUUUUCAUAAGCAUUCCUACAAAGUGCACAGACUCCCUUUUAAAAAUGUUUUAAGCAGGAAGGGACUGCAAUAAGAGCUAAGAGCUAAGGAAGAGGACAUCUGCUCCUCAAGCCACUGGAUUACGUUGGAGCACUGGACCUGGACUCUUAGAAGAUAUGAAACAAUGACUUUCUAUUACAUUUUUUUAUUUUGUCCUGUUAUUUUUUUAAUUUAAAGACAUCCAGAGUGAAUCGAUCAAGUACCAGUGUUCAGUUAGGACCUGGUGCUCACUAGACAUUUCUGAAUCUGAUUAAGACUCAGUUAUCAGAGGAUGACAACAGCAAUAUGUAGCAUGCAGGCAUGAAUUUAGCCAUGUUAUGCCUAUUUUGUAUCCAUAUAAAAACACUGUAGCUACAACCUGCCUUAAGCUAUCUGAAUGUUAAAUUAUGAUUCCAUAACUUUACACAGUAAGGAAAUACUACCACUACUAUUACAAAUACUAUCACUACUGUUACUAAUACUACUAUUACUAAUAGUACUAUUACUAAUACUACCACUACUAAUACUACCACUAUUACUACUGUAUCUAGGCCUAUACUGUACUUUAUCAUCUUACUGAGUCAACUGCUUACGACUGGAGUGUCUGUGUGUGAUGGUAAUAUCUUGUAGUCUUGACACUGUUUCUGGCUGUGGUCAUCAAUGACAGGUGACAUGACUCGUAGGCUGACAGAGCAAAUAGGCCUAUCACAAACUGGCUCUCCAUUGGUUCUUUUCCACACUAAGCCAAUCACAUACAGGAUCUCUGGUGGUAGGAAGUUGUCAGUCAACUGUAUUAUUCACUAACGUAAGAUGUAAUUAAGAAUGUAUUUUAGAUAUCAGACGGGCGGUAGAUCAGAAGUAGGUCUUUGCGAGACGAUGUGCAGUAGAGGUAAAAGCAGAAGACAUUUUCAAAUACAGUUCAUUUGAACAAGUGAUCUGUGAACAACACCCAUCUCAACGGAAAGACUUAAAAUACAUAUUUUUUUUGUGAAGUCUGAGUACUUUUUGAAUACUUAAAAUAGCCACUCUGAGAAGAUGUGUAGUGUUCUCUCUCUCUCUGUCUGUAUCAUGAAUAUAAACUCAGCAAAAAAAGAAACGUCCUCUCACUGUCAACUGCGUUUGUCAGCAAACUUAACAUGUGUAAAUAUUUGUAUGAACAUAACAAGAUUCAACAACUGAGACGUAAACUGAACAAGUUCCACAGACAUGUGACUAACAGAAAUGGAAUAAUGUGUCCCUGAACAAAGAGGG